AUGGUCAACGCAAAAUACCAGGCAGUUGUCCUAGCUGGCGGCGAGGACCAAAUCCUGUACCCGCUCACCACCACCACCGUCAAGGCCCUGCUGCCAGUAGCCAAUAAGCCACUCAUCUCCUACCCGCUCCGCACGCUGGCAGAGGCGGGACUCCGGAGCGCUAUUGUGGUGGUUAUUAACGAACGUGCUGCUGCGUGUGUACGGGAGUGGAUAGCUGCCGAGUACGCCGGGUCGCCCGGGGCUCUGCAUUGCGAGGUGGUUUCCGUACCGGAGGGGUACGGCACCGCUGACGCGCUCCGAUCCGUGGCUUCCCGCAUCACCUCCCCCUCCUUUGUGGUGUUAUCGGGGGACUUGCUCACGGACGUGUCGGUGGGGGCACUGGUCGCACAACACAACCUGCACGCGGCGAUGGCCACCAUGCUGUUGGCGCACAGAAAGGUGUCGCCGGCCUCCGAAACCAAACCCGGAAAGCCGCCCAAGAACGUAGACUAUAUCGGGCUGGACCCCGCUCGCCAGCACCUGCUGUUCUACGCCUCCAGCCCGGAUGCGCUCAGGGACUUAAAGGUACCGCUGCCUACCGUACGGCGGUACGGCACCAUGAGCAUCAGCUCGAACUUUGUUGAUGCGCAUCUGUACGUCUUCAACAGAUCUGUACUGCAGAUCUUGGCGGACAACCCCAAACUCUCGAGUCUACGACAGGACAUGUUGCCGUACCUGACUCAGCACCAGUUCCGGAUCCGAAACCAGCAGAUGCAGCAACAGCAGCAGACGUUGGCGGCUGCGCACCCCACUACGCCGUCGUCGCUGCUGCUAGGAGCGGCGUCCGGCGCCGUCGGAGCCGGCGGCGCGGUCGGCGGCGUCAGUACGACAGCAACGUUAGCGACGGCGCCAUCAUCGGAGGUCGAGGCGGACGGCGCCAGCGACCUCCGUUUCAAUUUGGUUCCGGAGCUGCCGGGCAGUCACUACAUGUCCAUGGCUCACGGCCCUCCCCCUGGAGCGGCGGGUCAGCAAGAGAGCCUGUUGAGGGUGCAGGUGGUGGGGCCGAAGGAAGCGUACUGCGCACGAGUGCAGGACGUUCAGGCGUACGGCGAGGUGAAUCGCGAGGUGGCCGACCCAGGGGUCGCUCUCAAGCUGGCGGGUCUCAAACCGGGCCGCUUCGACAACAUCGUCCCGGCCUCUGCCAGCCUGGGCAACAAGAGCACUGUCGCGGCGGGGUGCAUACUCGGGGAGGGCUGCGUGGUGGGGGACAAGAGCUCCGUCAAGAGGUCUGUGCUGGGUCAGGGGUGCAGGCUCGGCACCAACGUCAAGGUCAUCAACAGCGUCUUGAUGGACGGGGUGGUGGUGGGGGACGGAGUGCACAUCCAGAACAGCGUGUUGUGCGGGGGCGCCUCGGUCCAGUCUGGGGCAAUACUCAAGGACUGCCAGGUGGGUGACAGCUGCAUCGUGGCUGGAGGAACGGAGUAUAAGGGGGAGGUCCUGGUUAUCAAGGGAACCGCCACAACCGCCACCGGUACCAGAUAAUACCGGGAGGGGCCAUCAGCGGGGGGAGGAGGGGGAGAUGCGACGGAGGGGAAGAUGGGAGCAAGGGGAGCAGGAGGAGGAGGUUCUCCUCCGUCUGCCUCAUCGAUACCCCCCGAUGUAGGUCAGAAGUAGAGGAGCUGAAGGGGGCCAGGACCAGGACGAGGAGGAGUAGGAGGAGUAGGAGGCGGCUGUACAGGCCAAAGGAUGUAAUGUUGUUACAGAAUU